AUGAAUCCACAGGACAUCCGCGACGACCCGGCGCUACCGCAGCCGACGGCAGAGGUGGCUCCGGUGCUGGAGGUGGAUGCCGAUGGCGUUCGUGUGCGUGAGGCAGUGCACCUGUUCCUUAGCCGUCUCAUCGACCCCGUUCUCCGUGCAAAUUCAAGCCUCUCUGUCCCAGCAACUUCUGCUGGCGAUGACAUCUCUGGCACGCACGCAUCCCUCCACUACGUAGUCACUCAGUUGGAGCGCAUCAGCACGUCAACUAGCUGGUCGACGUGCGUGGUUCGCUGGGCAGAUUUCCUCCGCUUUGACGAGGACGCCGCAGCGGUGCUAGAGUCAGAUUUCCAGCGCUUCUCCCCGUUCAUUAACGAGGCCCUUCAUCAAGUCCUCCUGCAGUACUACGGCGAGGAGUAUGCAAACCGCGGCAAGUGCUACCCCAGUCUCGUGUUCUCGAACGUGCCGCGGUGUUUGACGAUUCGUUCAUUGCGGGCGUCGUUGGUAGGACAACUGUGCGCUAUCAGGGGUGUUGUGACGCGUACGUCGCAAGUGCGGCCGGAGCUGCUCGUUGGCGUGUUCCGCUGCAGCGACUGCGGCACAGAGAGCCUGCCCAUUGAGCAGCAGUUUCACUACACCGAGCCGCCCACCUGCCGCAACACCCAGUGCGAGAACAAGAACAAAUUUCAGCUGAUUCCAAAUCACCCAUCCACACGCUUUGGCGACUGGCAGAAGCUGCGCAUGCAGGAGGACGCAAACAACAUCCCUGCUGGAUGCAUGCCGCGCACAAUGGAGGUGAUUGUCCGCGCCGACGCUGUGGAAGUGGCGAAGCCUGGCGACCGCAUUCUCGCCAUUGGAUGCGCCAUUGUCGUGCCGGAGGUGGCGAAACUGUUCAACCUGGCCAAUCGGCGUGAGGUGCAGCGGCAGCUGACGGGUGGCCAGCGGGCGCAGCAGGACGCGCAGACGGAUAUGGAAGGCGCCACCGGGUUGCGCGCGCUCGGCGUACGAGACCUAAACUACCGCAUGUGCUUUCUUGCCACCACCAUUACGGAUGCCACGGGCGACGACCGCAAGAUGACGCACGCAGUGAAGGAGGCGACAGAUGGGGCGGCGGAACGGGAGGAGGUGAUACUCACCCCCGCCGAGCGUCAGCGGGUGUAUCAGAUGCGUCGGCACGACAGCCUGUUGAAGGCGCUCACGUCCUGCAUCGCGCCGAACGUGUUCAAGCACGAUGUCGUGAAGCUGGGGCUGCUUCUUCAGAUGGUCGGCGGGGUCUCUAAAACGACGAUCGAGCGUAUUACCCUGCGGGGCGACAUUAAUGUCUGCAUUGUUGGUGACCCGUCCACGGCCAAGUCACAGUUUCUCAAGUGGGUCUCAGCGAAUAUGCCACGUGGUGUCUACACAAGCGGCAAGGCGUCCACAGCCAGCGGUCUGACGGCGACGGUGACGCGGGACGCCGACACGGGCGAACGCACAAUCGAGGCUGGCGCCCUCAUGCUCAGUGACCGCGGGAUCUGUUGCAUCGACGAGUUUGACAAGAUGGAGAUGAAGGACCAGGUAGCAAUUCACGAGGCCAUGGAGCAGCAGACCAUCUCCAUCGCAAAGGCUGGUAUCAAGGCGACGCUGAACGCGAAAACAUCGCUGCUGGCUGCGCUGAACCCAAUAGGUGGCAAGUACGACCGUCGCCGCCCUCUGCAGAGGAAUAUCGCCAUGACGGCGCCCAUCAUGUCGCGCUUUGACCUCAUGUUUGUCAUCGUUGACGACUCUGGUGAUGAUGCCGACUUUGCCAUUGCGAAUCAGCUGCUGCGACUGCACCGCUUUGGUGGUGCGGCAGUGCGUCCGCCCUUCACUACGGAGGACUUCCAGCUGUACCUUCGCUACGCACGUUCACUGACGCCGCGCCUCACACCUGAGGCGUCACAGCUCAUCGUGGCCGCUUACCGCGAUAUGCGGCUGCAGGACUCGCUUUCCAACCGCAGCAAGGUGUACCGCGUGACAACACGUUUGCUGGAGAGCAUGAUCCGGCUGUCCGAGGCAACUGCGAAGAUUUACAUGAGCGAGGAGGUGCGCGCUACUCACGUAGAGGUGGCGCUGGAGCUAAUGCGGCAGUCCCUCUCUACACUCGAUAUGACGGAGGUGGAGCUGGUGGGCGGCCCCGCCGACGACACUCCUCUCGAGGAGCAGGAGGGCGUCGUCAAGCAAGAGCCAGAGGCCGCGCGUGGCAGCGCGUCCGCCUCCUCACUUGCAGCUGGUCAUGGUGCCAAUAAGGGCCGCGUCGGCGGUGACGGUGCGGGUGCAGACGGUCAGGCAUGCGUCGCUGACGAGCCGACCUCGGCGUCCUCAGCCGCGGCUGCUGCUCCCCGGCGGAAGGUAAGCAUCAAGGCUGAUCACUACUUUGCUAUUGUGAACCGACUUGUGGCGCACCUCAAGUCCCUCGGUGAUGACGCCGCCCCGACGCGGCAGGAGUUGGUGACAUGGUACCUGGAGCAGGUCAAGACGCUGAAUAGGCCGCUGCUAGAGGCAGAGCUGCGGUAUGUCAACCUCGUUCUCUCGAAGCUGGUCAAAGAGGGAAAGCUGCUGGAGGUGGACGUGCGUGAGGGAGACCCGCCACGCGUGUAUUUGGACCCCAACUUCAACCCCGAUGUGACGCAGUGA